CGCCGCUGUAGUCUAGCGCUGCAUUCCUGUUUAGGCCAAUAUCCGAACCGGUCGAACGCCGCAGUCGCCGGCGGGUCGUCGCUUGUUUCGAUCGUCUCGUGUCGUGCACUCGUGCCGCGAGGUACCAUGCGACUCGUGCCACAUCGACGAUCGACAUAAACCGUCGAAAUCGCUCAAAUCGAUACAGACGAAAAACGUUCCACGUAGGUACUGUCUACCUUGGCAAAAUACCAUAUCCGAGAUGUACAAAACGCUGACUACGUUCACGAGAGCCCUGAGUCGGCGGACCGCGUUUUCGCUCUGCCCCGCGGUUGCAGCCGGCCGAGAGAAUCACUUUCGGUCCAUGAGUGUUAUUCUGCCGCCACCGGUGACUUCGGUUAUAACCGGUGCAUUGGUCAGCAAGGACGAGCUUGGAAAUUUCAUGGCAGUGUUUCCAGACAUCGUCAAAGACCUGACGGACACCAGCCUUCAGUUGAACAAGCCCGACGUCACCAAGUGGCUAGAAAACUUAUUGCAGUACAACGUGCCCGGCGGUAAAAAUAACAGAGGAUUGAUUUUGGUAUCGUCGUUUAAGAUGCUGUCCUCGCCGUCUUAUCUGACCGACGAAAAUCUAAGGUUGUCCUACAUACUAGGAUGGUGUGUUGAAAUAUUGCAAGCUUAUCAGUUAGUGAUGGAUGACUUAAUGGAUAACGCUAUUACUAGACGAGGACGUCCAUGUUGGUAUCGGCAUAACGAUGUUGGUCUAAUGGCAGUGAACGAUGGCAUUCUUCUCGAACAAGCCAUUUACCAAUUGCUAAAAAAAUACUUCAAAGAUAAGCCUUACUAUACACACAUUCUGGAACUGUUUUAUGACGUUACAAUGAAAUCUGCUAUGGGUCAGUGUCUCGAUAUGUUGACUGCAAAAAGCUUCAAGUCAAAGAAACUCGAAAAAUACACUAUGGAAAACUAUAAAGCUAUUGUGAAAUAUAAGACUGCAUAUUAUUCGUUUGUUCUUCCUGUUUGUCUCGCCAUGCGCAUGACAAACGUCAACGAUCAAGAAAUCUUUAGACAAGCAAAGGUCAUAUUGCUUGAUAUGGGUCAAUUCUUUCAAAUUCAAGAUGACUAUUUAGACUGUUAUGGAAAUCCAGAAAUUACGGGAAAAAUUGGCACAGACAUAGAAGAUGGAAAAUGUUCAUGGUUGGCUGUGAAGGCUUUGCAAAAAGUCACUACUGAACAAAAGAAAAUUAUGGAGGAUAAUUACGGUAUUGAUGAUCAAUUCAAUGUCGCAGUCAUCAAAGAUUUAUAUCAACAGUUGAAGUUACAAAACACAUUUCUACUCUACGAAGAAGAAAGUUAUAAUUUAAUAAGAACUUGUAUUCAAAAUUUUUCGCCAGGAUUAUCACAAGACAUGUUUUUCAAAUUAUUGGAAAAGAUUUACAAGAGGACCCUCUAAAUUCGAAUCUUCACCAAAUUCAUUAAUCAGCAUUUAAAUAAUUAAUUUAUUAUUAUUAUUAUUAUUAUUAUUUCUUGAGUUGUAUGCAGUCUUAAAAAACAGGGUACUAAAAAAAUAUACUUUGAGUUGAUUGUACCAUUUAAAUGUUAAAUCAUAUUUUAUGAUUACUUUAUUUAACACACAAUUUUUACCUACUACUUAUAAACAAUAUUCUAAGUUUAAUAUUCAGAUAAUAAAUAAUUUACAAUUUUUAAA